AAAAUUCAACCAAUCCAAACUUAUUUGGUAAAAUUUGAAAUGUAAUCUUCCAAACUUUUUGUAAUCCAAUGCCGACUACUGUUUUCAUACCCAAACCACCCCAAAUUCCUUACAAAUACAAUUUUACACCAACCUCCGCCGCGAAACUCGUCGAAAUCUACCCGAAAUUCGCCUGAGAUAUUCCUUUUUGGGUAAUCCAAUCGACUGAAAAAGACAAGUUAAAGGGAAUAGAAGGAGGCGAUUACCUUGAAAAGUUGAAGAUGGGGAAGAAAAGGAAGUCUCUAGCAUCGAGCCUUGAUGAGGUGGAUCGAACCAUGUAUUCGACUUUCUGUAGCGCUGCAAACUCCCUUUCUCAGCUUUAUACACAGGCUAUGAACCAACAGAAACUUUCCUUCCUUUCCGGUGAACGCCACGGAAUGGAAAAACUGUAUCAAUGGAUCUUGAGGCAACAAGAGGGUGGAUCCAGAGUAACAACUGUUGACAUAAUGAACUACCUGCAGUCUGAAUUGGAUUAUAAUGGAGAGGACCAGUCGAUGUCGCCUAGGCCACCGCCUCAGCAUCCCCAACCGUUGCAUUUUGCAAACUCAGGCUUCCAUGUCUCUUCAGGUCCAAUCGGCGUAGCAACUCCAGGACAUGGCUUACGAUCUGAUCAUGAUCAGCAACCAAAGAACAAUGUUUUCUCGAAUGCUCUUUCAAGUCCCGUUCGCCGAAGCCUACAAAAUUAUCACAUUGCUCAAGGGGGUCACUUUUCGAACAAUGCUCAACCUCCCAACGCUACAAGACACAGCGAAACUAACUCUCAACACCAAAAUAGAGAUUCUAAUAGUUAUAACUCUGCUGAUGCAUCCAUGGAUAUGCAUUCUGAUAGUCCAGGUCAUGACUCUACCUAUUGAUGACAUAAUGUUUUGGAAGGAAGCUGGCUUUUGGCAUGCCUGGGUGGUCAGACUGCAAGUUCAGGUAAGUUGACGUAUACUGUUGUGCAGGUUUUAAAGUAGAUUAUGAAAUUGGCUGCUUGACGAUGAGACGAGAAGUGUCCAGACAUCAAUAUCAUCAUGCUAUUGCUCAUCGAUAAACUGCUAUUUGAUGAACACCAUACCUUUUGAAUUCACUCCUGUUUUCAGACCGGCUAGUCUUGUUUUGGAUCUUUUGUGAUAUUUGUGAAUUGUUUCAUUAGUUACUAAACUAUGUGAUUUAUGUCGUGUUGUUGGUUGCUUAUGUUUCUGCUUUUCUACUGAAGUAGCAGAAUGGAAUAUUUCAUAGACCAAUUUGCCAAUGAUUCUACAAGUUAUGCCAAUGUAAACAUAGAUAUAACCUUUGCAAUCGAAGUGAAAAUAGAGCAUAAUUCAUGGGCUUGUAA